AUGAAGCAGCUUAUAGGGUCUACUCUUAUAGGUCGCAAAAGGAAGCACCCUUCUCAUAAUAAAGGUGGCAACCUAAUCAAAUCGAGUAUCAGGGAUGCCAACAACUCAAAGCACAUUUUAAGUGUCAACAAAGAUAAAUGUUCACAACCAGUGGAAUUUGAGAAUUUCCCGUUGAGUGAUGUUACUAACGUUCAACAAUCCAAAGGGAACUAUAGUCAAAGAUUGUAUGAUUCAUCAUUUUCUGGAGUGACCUCAACAUUGCAGGGACAGACAUUUAUAACACCAACUGCAAAAAAGAGCAGUGCUUUCACUAAAGAUAUAGAUACACAAGACAUGGAAUUUGUGAGAUUACCUUUGAGUGAUGUUACUAACGUUCAAAAAGCUAAAAGAGACUAUAGACAAGUUUUGAACAUGACAACUUGCGAAAAUAUGUGGAAUCGUGGUACAGUCAAAUACAAUGAUAUUGGUGACCCUACGAACAUUUGUGAACACUGCAAUGCAAUGUUUUGGUACGAAGAACAAAUCAACAAGAAGCUUCGAAACGGAAAAAUCAAAUAUUCAACUUGCUGUGGCCACGGGAAGAUUAAGCUACCAAAAGCUCUUCUUCCUCCAAAAAGAAUAUUGGAUUUAUUCUUUUUUGGUGGGGAUAAAAGGAAUGAAUUCUUGAAGAACAUUCGGAAGUACAAUAACAUCUUUUCCUUCACCUCAUUAGGAGCAAAGGUUGACAAAUCCAUAAACAACGGUACUUGCCCGCCAAUGUUUAGGAUAAAUGGGCAGAAUUUUCAUUUAAUGGGAGGCCUAACCCCGGAGGAGGGUAAUCCACCUAAAUUUGCCCAACUAUACAUACAUGACACUGAAAAUGAGGUGGAGAAUCGCAUUAACUCAUUCGGGAGCAGCAAAUUUAAUGCAAAAUUACAUGUCGACAUAGUUGAAGCUAUUAAGCAAGACCUAGAUGAUCACAAUGUCUUGGUUAAGUCUUUUCGUUUGGCCAAAGCACAAAUGCAAACCAAUCCUAACAUUGAGUAUAAGAUGAGAUUGAUUGGUAAGAGGGUCGGGGAUGCACGAACAUACAACCUGCCCAUAGCAUCAGAGGUUGCAGCUUUAGUCGUUGGUGAUCUAGAUCCCAGUUUAGGACACCGGGAUAUUUUGGUCGAAACUAAAGCAGGUGCUCUUAAGAGAAUAAACGAGCUUAACCCAGCAUAUUUGCCACUGCAAUAUCCUAUUUUGUUCCCCUACGGAGAAGAUGGCUAUAGGGAGGAUAUUCAAUUUAAUAUAACGAAGAAUGAAGGCAGUGGUGGCAGAGUUCGUGUAUCACAACGUGAGUUCUUCGCAUACAAGAUACAUGAUAGGUUUAACGAAGUAUCAACAAUGCUAUAUGCCAAGAGGCUUUUUCAACAGUUCCUGGUUGAUGCUUACACCAUGGUGGAAUCGAGCAGACUAUUAUACAUUCGUAAUAAUCAGAAGGCUUUAAGAUGCGAAGCUUAUAAAGGCCUGUCUGAUGCAUUGACUAGAGGAGAAGUUGAUACAUCCAAUCAAGGGAAGCGAAUCAUACUACCUUCAAGUUUCACUUGCGGAGCUAGAUACAUGAUCCAAAAUUACCAAGAUGCCAUGGCCAUUUGUAGACACAAGGGUUAUCCAAAUCUUUUCAUCACAUUCACAUGUAACCCGAAGUGGCCUGAAAUACAGAGAUACAUGAAGAAGUGCAACUUAAAUGCAGAGGAUAGGCCUGACAUUGUUUGUCGGGUCUUUCAAAUGAAGUUGGAUUCAUUGGUUAAGGAGAUACGCACGGGAAAUCUCUUUGGUGUCGUAACUGCAGUUGUUUAUACUAUUGAAUUCCAGAAGCGUGGUUUACCACAUGCACACAUUCUUAUCUUCCUAGAAAGAACCACUACAUUGUCUACAGCAUCAUGCAUGGACAGUUUCAUUUCUACUGAAAUCCCAGACAAAGAAGUGGACAAAGAGUAUUACAAUGCUGUGGAAGAAUUCAUGAUUCAUGGACCAUGUGGACUUUACAAACCUAACUCGCCAUGUAUGGUGAACAAGAAAUGUUCAAAACACUUCCCGAAGAUAUUUGUGGGUGUAUCUUCUUGGGACGAUGAUGGCUACCCAAUCUACCGUCGUCGUGACAAUGGUAGGACUGUCCUGAAGAAUGGUGUCCAAUUAGAUAGUAGGUAUGUCGUACCACACAAUAGAUAUCUACUUCUCAAGUACAAGGCGCACAUUAAUGUUGAAUGGUGUAACCAAUCACGGUCGAUCAAAUACCUCUUCAAAUAUGUCAACAAAGGGAAUGACAGGGUAACAGCAGAGUUUUAUAGGAGUACAACUGCUGAUGGGUCAACCGAUGCUGUGGACGAGAUCAGUAUGUAUUACGAUUGUCGCUACAUAUCAGAUUAUCAGCAUGCGAAGCUGCAUGGCGACUACUUAGCUUCGAUGUGCAUUUCAGACACCCUUCUGUUGAAAGACUAA